AAAGUAUAGAAUCAUUACCAAGCAGGACCUCGAGGAGAGUGGACGCUUUCUCGCCCGUAGUUCUCCGCUCGACGCAAGUACACUAGUUGCAGGAGAGUUAGUUCGGUCGAGUCAGUUCGCUCUUCGAUACUUUAUCAAAGUUUUUAUUCUCGUGCUCUCGCGCAUCGAAGACGAGCCAAGAAAUCAUUGCGAGUAUACAGUGUGUGCGUACGUGAUUUUGGAAGGAAAUUAGAUCGUUGUCGAAAAUUUCGAGUUUACGAAUUUUUGGCAUCUCUAGAUAUAAAUAUAAACAACGUGCGUCGCUGUAUAGAGAUAAACUGUGAUUUUUCUUCUCUGUACGUUACGGUACAGCGCAAUAAGAAUUUUACAAUAGCCCGGUGUGAAGUGACAGUUGUGACGAACCGCAAGUUAUACUUCUGUUGUUUUUCGCCGAACGCUCGUACAUACAUACUGACACUUAUUUGAAUAAAUUGUGUGCAACGACAACAACGCUCCACCGAACGUGCCAUCGAUCUUUGCCCAGGACAAUCGGACUUUGAAAAUUUCGCUCUCGUGACUCUAAAGAACUUUUCUUCUAAAGAACCAAGAGUAUCCACGAGCAAAUCACUGACUUCGUGAUUCGAGCAAUAUAAAAGUUCAGCUAUCGUGAUUGGAGAAGCGUGGCCAUCAAGGCAGAACCUAUGGAAAGUGAUCCAUACGAGGAUCCACCCUACAGGAGAUUCCGCAGGUGAUUUUCCGGACACGCAGCCUAACUGGUGCGAUCGCGUAGUCAGCGGUAAACACGGAAGCAGCGCGUAACUUGCCAACCACGUGCUGCGCGCCGCCGCGAUCAUCCCCGCGAAACGACACGUGCUUCAACGAAGCACGCUGCUAGGCGAUUUUUCUCGCCGAACAGCUAGAUUGAACAAUCAAGCUUGGGACGGAACAGCGAAACUUAGUUCGCGUAGAGUAGCUUAGAGGACAUUGAACUCGGACUCUCCAAGAGUACGAGUGACUUUUUAUACAUUUUGUACACACGCGCGGUACGUUCUCGCGUCUGUUGAGAAAUUGACCAAGUCAAGGAAAACAAAAACAACAACAAAAAUCAACAAUGGCUAUCCCAUUUGCGCUGCCGUCGGACGAGGACGCCGAGGACCAGAGUCAGCAGCAGCUGGAGCAGCUCAUGCUGGACUUGUACGCAGCGCUGCAACAGGUCCUGCGUGCCAGAAAUUCUCAGCAUCCAUCCAGAAAUCAUCGACUGCCAAGACGCUCGGCCGACAUGUCGGGUACGCGUGAUCAUCCAAUGCUGCUCGUAGACUCGGACCUUUCGCGCCUGCCGCUGCCGGACCUCGUUCUCUCAGCCGUGGAGCAGCUGCCAGCACCACCACCACAGGUGACAGUCUCGGCGCCAAGCAGCCCGACCCGCGACGCCGCCUUCCAGUUCCCCGAGUGCAGUGGCGCGUCCGCAGCGAUGAUGAUGCCAGUGCCCAGUCCCCGGCCAAAACCCCGUCGACGCAGGCUCACUUCCGAGGGAUCACUGCCCGAGAAGGCCCAGCUGCCUCAGCGACUGGACUCGUGCACCGGAGGACGCGGCACCUGCUGCGCUCACCACCUCGCCGCAAGUCUCGAUGAGAGGGAGUGGGCGACUGUCGGCGCCAACCUCAGGAACAUCGCCGACGACUUUCACGCCUCCAAGACCAAGGACGCAGAGGUGGAGAAGUCGAGACUGCCCUUCAUCGGCUCGUCGUUCUCCUCGUCGACGAGCGGCCUCGGCUCGAGCGGCCUCGGCAGCAGUCCCUCCGGCUCGACAGACAGCAUUCUGUCGCUGCUGAUGCCAGCUCCCCUGCGCGAGACCCUCUGGACGACGCUUGCCCUCUAUCUGGGAUGGCGGCUGGUCUCGCGCCUGCGAUAGAAGCAGCCAGCCAUAGCCGAGGAUGGCCAGACCUGUUCUUCUCCGCUUCUUCUCUCUCCGCUCGCUGCUGCUGACAACGCAGCUGCAGCGGCCGACUGACGACGAGAGCUGCCGCUCUGCUGUUGAUGCCGAUCGGGGCCCUCGGGUGCGCAGACCCCGGGCCAGACAGAGGCCCGGCGAGAUGAGGCUUCGAUACUUAAAAUGCUGACCCACGACGACGACGAAGACAACGAUGGAAGAGGUUUUGUGCCGCGCCGAUUAUCGCCGCGAUAAAAAAGGAAGCACUGCGAGAGCAGGCUUCUUCUUCCGGAUUUUGUCUUUUUACUUUUUGACCAUGCUGUUGUAUUGUAAAUAUACGCGCCCCUCGACCGCGCGUAUCCAUCGUCUGAGAUGACACACGGCGUCCGAUUUUUCGGGCUUCACCGCGCGAGGCCACUCCUCGGAUUAUUGUCGCAGCGGAAUCGGUUUUCGCACCUUUUUUGUUUGGAAAAUUCGAUUCCGUUGCAGUUGAUGAUUUGUUUGCUAAACUUUUGAUCGACGGUAUUGCUCGUCGUUGUCGUUGUAUUGUACGGGGAGUGACCAUCGAAGUGGGUUGUAAAUUAUUUUGCUGAAAAUAAUAUUGGAUGAGAAAUUUCGUUCUCGGUGUCGGUUUUCACGACAAAGAGCGGACAGUCGGAAUUCUCGGACGAUGACGCGCGCGAUGCUCGGCCAUGGCGUGCCAUCUUUUUGCGCGAUCUUGUAGACGUAUAGUCGAGGCGAAAGAGCGAGAACUACCAAGCAGAUCUCGCUCUCGCUCUCUGUGUUUUCUACGUUGUUACUUUUUGGAGCCCAACAAGCGAAACGAUACGAUAUAUGUACGCACAUAUUGCACGACGACCGAUCGGACCGGAAGAGGGAGAGGUGUUUUUUCUUCAGGGUUUAUAUCACUUUCGAGAUGCGACAGGAGUAUAUUAUAUGAACACAGAAAACAAACGAAAACAAAAGCAAAAACAGAGCGGAGGGGGGUGAAGGAGAGCUAAGGACGAGAUCCAAAGAGGACUUAAACCCAAUAAUCAAACGAUGAUCUCAUUAUGGAUAAACAAAGAGAAUUAAAUAAAGUAGUGUGAUGAUUGUAAGGAGAGCAGGUUAAGAGAAGGACGCAAAGUACACGACGAAUUGUUAGAAUGGCGGCUCGAAGUGUGGCAAA